AUGCAUUCGGGGUUUGUUGUCGGAAAGCACUUGAUAGGGAAGCUGACUCGAAGAACUUUCAGGCCACAUACACCUUUGAUGAAGGUGCGAACAAGGGAAGAGGCCCUCAAGGAUACGCCGUAUCUCGAGGUAGAUGAUCUGGCUUGGUUGAAGAGUUUGCGAACGUGGCUGUCUGACGAGGAGUGGCACUCCCUGAUGGUGCUGAAUCCUCGACGUCUGUAUGAUUGGUAG